AUGACAGGGGAAGGGCGAGGAUUUGAGAUAGCUCAAGGCCGUUUGGGGCCUGGGCGAAUUCACCACUCCAUGCGUUCAAUUGGACUAGCAGAACGAUCACUCGAACUUAUGGUUCAGCGGUCUUUAGAGAGAGUGGCCUUUGGAAAGCGUUUGGCCGAAAAGGUUUGUAGUAGAAGGUUCAAGGUCCUGUUACACGACUGAAUCUGUUAGCCAAACAUGGCAAUUUGAUCCUACUGGUAGGUAAAACGUGUACGCCGGACGAUAACGUUGAGAAGUUUUGUUGCCAACGAGGCUUAGGGACUAGGCAAGGCCACAAGUAGUAAUACCACUUACCUCAAUAGAUUAUACUCGUGAUAAGGAACCCGUCGUAUGAUAGUCUGGUCGUGUAUUGCAGUUACUAAAACGUUGUAUCACUGAUGUUUCUUUAGGGAAUGGUACAGGAGCAGAUCGCUCUAUCAAGAAUUGAAAUUGAACAGGCCAGACUGCUUGUGCUGAAGGCGGCACACACCAUCGAUUGCCAUGGAAACAAAGCUGCAAGAAAACAGGUGGAUAUGUCAGCAGUAUUGAGAGCACAGGGCAACCAGGGCUGUCGGGAAUGUCACACGUGUGUUACCCCUUAGUUCUAGUCUACAGGGCCCAGUUGUUCGAAGGCCGAUUAGCGCUUAACCCGGGGUUAAAAUUAACCCAGGUUUCUUUUUCUUCUGUUUAAAAGCAUUUUCUGGUAUAAUUUUCUGUGCUAUUUUUUGAGCUUUUAAUUAUCAACUUGUAGACAAAAAGAAUUAUAGCUGAAAGGCUUUUUAAGCUUUCAAUUCUGAAUUCAAAUCUCGCUCUAACCCUGGGUUAUCUUAACCCAGCUUUGAACAACUCGGCCCAGUUUAGUGUGACUUAAGUUAGUGACCAAGCCGAAUUGAUCUUCCUCAGUUGUUGCAACGUGCGUUCUUCGUUGAGAGCUUAAGCAACGACGACGGCGACGGCGACGAGAUCGGCAAAUAAAACAAAAGGUUUACAGGGUUUCGUACGGGUCAUGGAAAACCUGGAAAGUCAUGGAAUUUAAGCAUUUCAUUUUCAAGGCCUGAAAAGGCAUGGGAUUUAAUUGUCGGUCCUUGAGAGUCGUGGAAAAUUAAAAUUUUGUUUGAUAGAUUAGUUACUGCCGUCUGCCGUCGCUACACGGUUACAACCGGUGAAAGUGCCUAAUUUCACGUUUUGUCCAGGACAAGGCAAGGACAAUAUAAAACAGAGAGAAGUAAUUGAACAGCGCGAACGGCACGCAUUUUGGUGGACACCAGAGUUUGUGUCUGUUGAACUGUUUACGGCCCAGAAAUACCCUAAAACAAGGAAAGUCCUAAAAAGGUUUGAAAGUGAUAGCUAAACCUAAGUUCUUGGAAAAAUUUAGAAGGUCAUGGAAAAAGUCAUGGUAUUUGAAAAGCUCAAAACAGUACGAACCCUUGGGUUUAUAAUUAGAUUGGAAAAACAACAUUUUUGCACGUGCAUCACGCUUUUUUGUACAUUUCUUUGCCGCCGCUACACGGCCACAACCGGUGAAAGUGCCUAAUUUCAUUUUGUCCAGGACGUGAACGAAGACAACGACUUUCUUGUACUUUUCCUGAACUUUGAUGUAGUGUUUUAGAAUUCAACUCCAGAAAUUUUGCAAACAUUUGACGAAUUGAACGAGUUGGAAUAAGCGCGAUAAAGUUUGAAGCAGCGCGAAUUCACGUUUAUAGUGACGCUUUCGUAGACCUCGCCGUACGUCGUUGUCGCGUAAGCUCCCUAAUGUUCUCUAUCUCAACUUGAAGUUUGUCUGGCGGCUCUGUGUGAGAAAGAAAGUACGGAGCUGUGAACACGAAUGAAACAGCUGAACCUUUUCUUGUAUAUACCUCUUUUUUGGUAAUUAAGUAGUGUACUGUUAUAGCAAGAUUAGUUUGAUGGCGAAAAUUUCAGUAGUGAUCUGUCUUGCUAUGACAAAUUUCUCUCUUGAUUUGCUUACCUGGUGAACCUACCAAAUUCCAGCGGAGAAUUGCUUGAAAAAGAGUGGCACAAGACUGUUUUACAUCGAUUCAGAACUUCACAAUUUAACUCUUGCAGAUUGCUAAGGCAAAGAUCGCAGUUCCUCGCAUGGCCUGUAACGUUAUUGACCGAGCGAUUCAGGUGCAUGGUGGGAAGGGAGUAUCCCAGGAUACACCGCUGGCUUAUUUCUAUACAGGAGCUCGGAGUCUGCGCAUUGCUGAUGGCCCGGAUGAGGUUCAUUUGGAGGCAGUGGCUAAACUUGAGCUAAAGGAAGCACUUAAGUCCAAGAUGUAA